CUUGGUGAAUUUUUUUUUCCCCUUAUGUGUGUCAAAUGUGUUAACAGUAAACAAGCACUGGUCCUUAUAUUGUGGGUUUAAUGGAGAAUGCUAUCUUGUGUGAGCACAUUUGUUCCCUUCCGUUUCGUUGGUUGCCGGUAAUCUUCACAACACUAUCAUACCACUGGAUACUUCUUUGCCUUAGCUUUGUCCACAAUAUUCCCUCCAUCCCCACCUUACCCUCCCCUCACCCCACUUGUGCGAUCCAAGCAUCACCACCACCACCAACAGUUGUUAUUGCUAUCUCCACCAACCGAGCAAAAACCGAUGACAACGGGGAGCACAGAUGCAGCAAACAUUAUGGACCUCUCUUUCUCCUCUUGUGACGAACGAGAUGAGUUUUUAUCCCCUCUCCACCUGCCUCUCCUUCGCCGGAGGGGGGCCAAAACUUUCACCAUAACGAUGUUCACCGCAUCGAUCUUCCGCUCCAUCUUCCCCACCCUCCGGAACUUCCUGACCCCAACCUGCCACUGGCCAGUCGUGCCGGCCGUUGCACCCCUCAAGCCUAUGCCUUCAGCUCGCAAGAAGGUCAUCGGAACGUUCUUCGGCCUUAAGAGGGGGAGGGUAAGCUUUGCUGUGCAGAUGGAUCCCCGGUCGGAGCCCGUAUUGCUUCUGGAGCUGGCCACUCCAAUGCACCAGCUCGUCAAGGAGAUGGCGACCGGGAUGGUGAGGAUACUACUCGAAUGUGAUCGGAUUGCUAAAACCAACACGGCAGACGCAAGCAAGAAGAAAAGAAAGAGUUCGCCGCCGCGCUCGCUGUGGGAGGAGCCGUUGUGGAGCAUGUACUGCAACGGGCACCAGCGGGGGUACGCCGUGUCGCGCCGGUGCAACGGGGUCGACCUCCAUGUGCUGAAAGCCGUGCAGGCCGUGUCGGUAGGCGCCGGGGUGCUUCCACCUCCACCAGUUGCUCCUCCGAUUCCACCACCUCAUCAUCUGGAGAUGGGGAAGGAGAAGUGUAAGAAUGAUGGGAUAUUGUGUGGAGGUGGUGGCGGUGGGGCUAAUUGUGAGGUGAUGUACCUCCGAUCUAAGUUUGAGAGGGUGGUGGGGAGCGUGGACUCGGAAGCGUUCUACAUGAUAAGCCCGGAUGGCUGUGGGCGUGGUGGCAGUAAUUUCAAAUAUGAUGGUCCUGAGCUCAGUAUCUUUCUACUAAGGAUGUAGGAGAUAGUGUCAGGUUACAUUAUUUCCAACCCCUUCAGUUCGAUCUAAUCGCUUGGUUAUGUACUGGAGCAUGCACUGAAGUCUAUGUAAUUCAUCAUACGGAUAUCAUCCGUAUGUAAGUUUUUGGUUUUCUAAGUAAUGGUAAUGUAAACGCCCGUUAGUUCAGCUUUACAUCAUGUCUGUCAUGCAUGAAAGCCAUGAGAUCGGACGGUACAACUUUGGUGGUUGCAGUAUUAAAGAUCUGAGAUCCAUCUUACCUUGCAGGGGUUUCAUGUUCUUAAAUUGAACGCAUGUAUUGCGCAUGCCAAAUGUAAAUCGGCCUCACUUUGUACCGAAAAAAUAGACAAC